GGUACCUAACCUACUUCUUCUGCCGGACCGUAUCCGGGGUUCCAUAUCUAAUUCUCCAUUUCUACCUAAAUUCUUCACGCUGUCGACUCGAACAUCCUAAGGUUAGAUCUACUUAACUUUAGGUAGUAUUCCCAUACUACCCACAUAUCUACCUAGGUACCUAUAUAUAACUCGCCAUGGCUCCGCACAAUGUCCAAGACGACGCGCCGUCAGAAUUCAACAAUAGCCCCCCGGCGAACGGAAUCCGGCCGCCCACCCCGCCGCCUAUGUCCGCGAGCCCGCCGCGCAUCCUGAUUAUCGGAGCCGGGUCGCGGGGUCAUACUUACAGCCGGUGCAUCGCGGAAUCCAGCAACGGCGUCGUAAUAUCCGUCUGCGAACCACACGCGUACAAGCGUCAGGAGUUCGUGCGCAUGUAUAUCCGGCGCGACGGCAAGGAGCCCCCCGAGGGUUCGAGCUUCCACGGCUGGCGCGAUUUCGUUCAAUGGGAGAUACGCCGGCGCGAGCGCGAAGCCGCGGGCGAGGAAGGUGUGCCCGAGGGCGUGGACGCCGCCUUCGUGUGCGUGCGCGACGAGAUGCACCACGACGUCGUGCUCGCUCUCGCCCCGCUCGGCCUGCAUAUCAUGUGCGAGAAGCCGCUCGCGGGGACCCUGGACCAGUGCAUCGCUAUGUACAACGCCCUAGCCCCCUCGCGCUCUCGCACAGUGUUCUCCGUCGGCCACGUGUUGCGGUACUCGCCGCACAACAUGCUGCUCCGCAAGCUGCUGCUCGAGGAUAGAGCGAUCGGUGACAUCCUGAGCGUCGUGCACACGGAGCCCGUCGGAUACUGGCACUUCGCGCACUCGUACGUGCGCGGGAACUGGCGCAAGGAAUCGACCACCGCGCCCUCCCUGCUCGCCAAGAGCUGCCACGACAUGGACAUCCUGCUGUGGCUCCUGUGCUCGCCGGCGCGUCCCGGCUCCGACGAGGAGUCGGAGCCCCCGCACAUCCCCGCCGAAGUGUCGUCGAUGGGGUCCCUGCAGUUCUUCCGCAAGAGCCGGAAACCCAAGGCCGCGGGCGACGCGACCAACUGCCUGCGGUGCCCCGCGGAGCCCGGGUGCCUCUACUCGAGCCGGCGCAUCUACGAGGGCCCGCGGCACGCGGGGCUCGAGACGGGCAACCGCGGCUGGCCCGUCAGCAUCGUGCUCCCGGACAUCGAGAGCUUCGGCGGCGACGUCGAGCGCGCGCGGCCCGCGCUGCUGGCGCGCCUGGCCGAGGACUACGACGCGGGCACGCCGCAGGCGGAAGUCGACGCCAAGAACUGGUUCGGGAGGUGCGUGUUCGAGAGCGACAACGACGUGUGCGACGAGCAGGUCGUCACGAUAAGAUGGGACGACGACCCCCUGCCCUCGACAAGCGGUUCCGCCGCCGCCACAGAUUCGGUAGGCAGCCGCGGGGCCAAGCAAGCGACGUUCCACAUGGUCGCGCAGACAAAGCGGCAGUGCGAGCGGUUCACGAGCAUCUACGGGACGCUGGGGGAAGUCAGCGCGGACUCGUACACGAUCGCGGUGGAGGACUACGCGACGGGCGGGACGCGGAGGUACACGCCGAAGCUGGAGAGCGGGGGCCACGGCGGCGGCGACCACGGCAUCGCCCGGCAGUUCGUGCUGGCGGUCGACCGCGUCAAGAACCACGGGUGGGAGGCCCCGCGCGCCCAGGCCGAGUUCAUCGGCUGCAGCUUGGAGGAGAUCGUGCGCAGCCACGCGAUCGUGUUCGCGGCCGAGGACGCGCGCAAGGGGCGCAGACACGUGGAUUUUAGGGAGUGGUGUGAGGAGAAGGGUAUUGCUGCUAUAGCAGCGUCUUAGUUAGGCACAUGCUUUUUGCUCAACUUUGAAAUUCUUUUCAGUUACCUGGCUUUUUAGCGGCACUUCGCUGGUAUAUGAGGUACCUACCUGUUAAGCAUGGGGCUGAGCUCUUGAUUAUUUCUGGCGUUCGUUAUUUAGUAUCAUGUUGGGGUCCAUUGAAUUGGGAAUGAAUAUUUUAUGGUAUGAUGGGAUGAGCCUUCAAGUUUGUUGAAUUAUCGAAAUUAUGCACCCUUUACGUAUGAUGAAUACAACGAAC